GCACUGAUGGGGCCUUGGAGUUUCGUGGCAGGAUUGUGGUGCCAAAAGUCGAAGCGUUGAGGAAGGAAAUUUUGACUGAGGCUCAUACCGCACCAUAUCUAGCCCAUACGGGAAGUACAAAGAUGUAUCACGACCUCAAAAGGUCGUUUUGGUGGAAAGGAUUAAAGAAAGACGUAGCCGACUUUGUAAGGAGAUGUUUAACCUGUCAGCAAGUCAAAGCCGAGCACAAGAGUCCCAUAGGCCUUCUACGACCACUGCCGAUUCUGAAGUGGAAGUGGGAGGAGGUUGCGAUAGAUUUUGUCACGGGGCUACCGAGGUCGUCUGAACAUCACGACGCUAUCUGGGUCGUGGUCGACAGAUUGACAAAGGAUGCUCAUUUCUUGCUAGUAUCAAUGAGUAUGUCUUUGGACAGGUUGGCUGAGAUUUAUGUCCGUGGGAUCGUUCGACUCCACGGAGUGCCUGUUACUAUCAUAUCAGACAGAGAUGCCAGAUUCACCAGUAGAUUCUGGCAGAGUUUACACGAGGCGAUGGGCACGAAGUUAGCAUUCAGUUCAACCUACCAUCCAGAGACUGACGGACAGACAGAGCGAACUAUACAGACGUUGGAGGAUAUGUUGCGAGCUUUGGUUGUUGACAGGGGUGCUAAAUGGGAGUCGUUAUUGCCAUACGUUGAAUUCGCGUACAACAACAGUUAUCAUUCUUCUAUUCAGAUGGCUCCUUAUGAGGCACUAUAUGGUCGUAAAUGUCGUUCCCCUCUUUAUUGGGACGACGUCGGUGAACGUCGAGUACUCGGUCUGAAAUUGAUCGAGGAGACAGCAGAACAAUUCGAGUUGAUCCGGCAGAGACUCAGAACAGCUCAGAGUAGGAUGAAAUCAACCGCCGAUCAUCAUCGACGAGAUAUUCAAUUCGAGGUUGGCGAGCACGCUUCUCUCAGAGUUAGUCCAUUUCGCGGAGUCGUUCGAUUCGGGAAGAGAGGGAAGUUACACCCUCGGUUCAUUGGCCCGUUCGAAGUACUUGAGCGAGUGGGCGAUGUUGCGUAUCGUUUAGCCUUGCUUCCCGA